UCAACAUUUAGGGAAUUAACCAGGGCUUGAUUAUCUCCGGUUUUUACCUGUAGUUUAUUAUAAAUACGAGUAGUAAUUGAGACAUAUUUCUUCGACCCAAAACCAAAAUGGCGGACAAUGCUGCACCGUCACAAGAAGAUGACUUGAGCUUGCCACGAGCUGCAGUUAAUAAGAUGAUUAAAGAAAUGAUUCCCAUGAUCCGUGUGUCUAAUGACGCAAGGGAGCUUGUUCUUAACUGUUGUACAGAAUUUAUUCAUUUAAUAGCAUCAGAAGCAAAUGAGAUAUGCAACAAACAAACAAAGAAGACCAUCUCUCCAGAGCAUGUCAUCUUGGCUUUAGAGAGCCUUGGAUUUCAAGAUUAUAUUAAAGAUGUGGAGGAUGUUUAUCAACAGUUUAAAAAGCAAAACCAAACAAGAAAGAAGAACAAUAAAAUGAAAAACCAGGGUGUAUCAGAGGAUGAACUUCUGCGGCAGCAACAAGCUUUGUUUGCACAAGCUCGUGCAGAGCAAGCUCACGAGGAAUGGUUACAUAUGCAGCAACAAGGCUUGCUUCAACAACAACAACAACCUGGUACAACUGGUAUGCAGCCGAUAGCAACUGGUUUUGCUACACCUGACGUACAUGCGUUAAAUCCGCAAGCUCUGAUGCAGCAACCGUCUAUAUCACAACCAAUCGCUUCAUCUCAAGUCUCGACGCAGGGAGCGUUACCGCCAAUCGCACAGAGUAAUAUAAUCAAUUCAAAAUCGUUUGAGGUUAAACCGCCACAACCAAACACUAUGAACAAUACGCCAGCUUGGGGCGUAAGUAACGCCGCAAAUACAAUUACGCACACUAAUAACAUACAACAAAACACUUCCGGGGAAUCGGGAAACACGUAGUACAGUUAGGAUGUAUAUAUAUUUUUAGUUACCACAAAUCUUUUUCAUAUUGUAUUUCUUUCAACUUUUGUGUCAUGUUCAUAGCCAUUAUUUACGUUUUCAAAGAAAAAAAAACGAGUUUGGAA